CGGACCCGUUAGCUGCUCUGCUAAAGUGCUAGUUCCGCAGCGCAGCCUGUGUAGACGUGUACAACAUGUUAAUGAGCUGCUACAGUUCUAAUUAACAGUCUGUUUUAUACAUUUCAAAGUGUUUCGGCUGUGUCUGUGCGUGCGGCGCUGUAACGAUGCCGUGGAGGUGCUGUGUUCCUGGGUGUAAAGGCUACGACGAGGCGAAGUCAAUGGGGGUUGUGUUUCACGGUUUGCCGACGAGGGACCCGCCGCGCUGCAGAACAUGGCUGAAAGCGAUACAAAACCCCAGAUUAGACGAAAACACACCGGUUUCCAAGUACAGCGGCGUGCGGGUUUGCAGCCUGCACUUCAAACCGGAGGACUACGAAGAAGACUUCCGAGCUAAGAUACUGAACAUUGCGCCCAAACCGAUGCUGAAGAGCGGCGCAGUGCCGUCAGUGUUCCCCGGGAGGCAGCACGGGGAGCCCGGCAGCACAGAGGCAUCUCCUCCGGCUCCGAAGAGGAGCAGAACACAGGCGGCCUGCGUAGCUGCAGGGAGCUCCUCGCAGUCCCCUCCAGCAGCAGCGUCAGAUCAGAGUUUCUGCAUCGUGGUGUCGGUCGACCCCCUGGACGACAGCUUCCAGUCGGAACCGGAGUUCAACUCCAUAACGACAUCCGACGAGUCCGAUGAAGACAUCGACAAGGACUGCACAGUUGUUUACAACCGCAGCCUGAUGGAGUUGUUCAGAAUGUGUCAGACGUGCGGGCAGCCCAUCGUUGAGAAGGAGGUUUUCCACUCGGGUGCACAGAUGAGGGUGAGGUGGAGCUGUCACGGCGGACAUUCUGGUACAUGGAAGUCCUCGCCUCACCUGAGAGACGUGCUUCCAUAAAGUCCCCCUGCUGUUCUUUUCCCUGGACCAACAUUCACAGACUCGUGAGAAGAACGUUUUUUUUCUUAAAGCCUAUUUUAAGGGAGGUGAUUGGCUCCGAGGAUCUGCCGGCAGCUGGAGGGCACGUUGAACCACAUCUGAUGGAUGCUGCCACCGGACCUUCAUGCAGGAUUCCACAGAGGAAAGCGGUGCAGGUCAAGGGUUUGUGUCCCACUGUGAGACCCGGGUCCAGUGUUAUGCUGCUGUGGAGCCAAUGAGAGGACUCCCUGAGCAGGGACUUAAAGCUGACGUGGUUGUCCCAACAUACAGCGCACCAUGAAGAAUGACCCCGUCGUACAACACCAAGAUCACACCUGGCACACAGCGCGAGGUCAGUAGAGCUUAUACAGACACAAAGUAGAAGAGCUGCAUGCUGGUUCACACCGAGGCUCCACCAAACACCUGCAGAAGAUCGACCCCCCCCUUCAACGUUGCAUCCUGCCCUGAUACUUCAGUUCAGAUUAAAGUCAGGCCUGUGGGGGUGGUGGCGUGUUGUUUAAGGUAGCACUGAGGCAUGACUCUGAACCAGGAAGUCCUGUUUGAGGAACAGAUUCCUGUGUUUGAAGGUUCACCAGAAACCAAAACACUGCACAGCUUUUUUAUUCUCUCAGAGGAUUUUAAAUGUUAUAAUGGCACCAACUAUUUUAUCUUUACAUACAACGAUCUCCAGGUAAACUGAAGAAAAGCAGCACUGGUGUUACAAAGGGGGCGUGCACAUAUUUGAUUGGCCGGAUGAUAAAUUAACCAGGUUGAGCUUUGUCGUCAGACAAUCCUGCAUGUGUUUGUCUGAUCCACCUGAGGAGGCUGCGUUUCUGUAAUCAGGACACAUUUCUCCUGCAGAGCACAGGUCUCUGUGUGAGCAUGUGCAGGACGACGGACAGCGAACGUCGCGUCUCCUCAGGAAGUUUAAAUAAGUUGCUUUUCUGCUGCUGAACACUCGACUGUCUCCAUCAGACGCUCAGGCUGCGAGGAUAAACUCAACACAAAGGCAGGAAGUAGCUUUCAAAAUAAAGUCAGAGAUAGAGCAGAAGUCUGAUGACUGACCUGCAGUGUGUUUCGGUCACAGUCAGCAGGUUAUUGUUUCUGUGUAUUCGAACACAGACUACACAGCUCUGUGUUUAGGGUUUAUGUGUUUUUACCUCAGUUUAUGGGACAGCUGCCUCGGUGG